AUGCGAGUUUUUCUUCAAACUCGACAAGGUCGAGAAGUUUUGAAAAAGCAGCAAAAUGCUCAUAAAAUGGAAUAUGAGAAGGAUUCCUUUUAUUUCGAUCAUUUUUGUUCGGUGAGUUUGGAGUUGGUUUUAGUUAUGACGUGGCAAAGUUUGAAAUUUUGUUGGGAAUACUUCCACGUCAUAAUUUAUUCAAAAAUCAAAAUUUUUAGAAUUAUUCUCUUCGGUAUUGUUUUGUGUUUCCCCGUGUUUGAAUUCAAUUUUUAAAAAAUUAUGACGUGGCGAAAAUUCUCCGAUUUCAGGUAACUCAAGACUUCCUAAUCGUCAAACAAUUCUUCAUUCCAUCAAAACUUCCCUAUGAUUUUGAGUGGAACAAAAUCAAAUCGGUAAGAUUCAUUUUCUCCCUCCAAAAAUUUUGAAAUCAAUUUUCAGAUAAUUUAUGUUCCACAAUCUGCUGAUCGAGAAUUAUCAAAGCAAAAAGGACAGGAUUCUGAAGGAAGAUGGUGGGCGCUGGAUUCUUUGAGGUAAUGGCUCACCUUUCUCAUCAGAAAUCUUGAUGUAUCGUUUUGAAAAUAUUUGUUUUUUUUUAACUUAAAUUUUUGAAACGUAAAAAAUCCGCUAAUUUGUUCAACAAAAUCCGAAUUAAAAAACUUAUAGAACAUCUCGAAAAGUGAUAAAAAUCUACAACAUUCGAAUCGACACAGAAUGCGAGCCAUCGAAAAUCGGAUUUUCAGUUGUGGAUUUGAGAAAGUUUCUAGAAGCAGCUCUCCCAUAUUUAUCUUACGGUUGUAUAGUUACGGGAUGUUUGUUGGAGGAAAAAGAAGAGGAAAAGGAAAAGGAAGAAGAAGUGAAGAAUCCAGAACAACUAUGA